UAGUUUGAUUUUAGACUUCCUUGUGCAUGGUUGUUGCCGUUGUUGCUACGUUUGCCAUUCGGAUAUAAUUUUUUGUUUAAAUUCCGAUUCCUGUGCGGGUACGCGUGUAUUAAAUAGUAGUUAAAAGAUAAUAGUAUCACACAGCAGCCAGAUAAACGUACUUAAGUUAAAUAUACGCGAAAAGUGUUCUAAAUUAUUUAAACUCACGACGAUCGCUUUGAUAUUGUGUGUGUGUGAAUGUCAAUGUGUGUUUGUGUGUGUUUGAAAUUCUAAAAAUUUAAGCAAAAUUCCAACGGUGCACGUUCGCUGAGUUCGCCGGCCUGAAAUCAUUGGCGAUACUUCAUCAACACCUGCAAUAACAGCCACAACAUGGAAGUACUCAUGCAUGACGCGCUACAUUGGUAUAGAGACCUAAUGGACAAUAAAAGUGAUCCGCGCGUCAGUAACUUCUUUCUGCUCUCCUCGCCUCUGCCCACGCUUGGUCUGUGCCUAUUCUAUGCAUAUUUUAGUAAAUCGCUGGGGCCACGGCUAAUGGCAAACCGUAAGCCCAUGGAUCUGCGCAAGGUGCUCGUCUACUACAAUGCGGUGCAAACCAUAUUCAGUGCGUGGAUAUUUUACGAGUACUUAAUGAGCGGCUGGUGGGGUCACUACAGCUUCAAAUGUCAGCCCGUUGACUACAGCAACAGUCCCAUGGCCAUGCGGAUGGUCAAUAUCUGCUGGUGGUAUUACAUAUCAAAGUUCACAGAAUUCUUUGACACGCUCUUCUUUAUACUGCGCAAGAAGAAUGAGCACGUUUCAACGCUGCAUGUCAUACACCAUGGCUGCAUGCCGUUCUCGGUGUGGAUGGGCCUUAAAUUUGCACCGGGUGGUCACAGUACUUUCUUUGCCCUGCUCAACUCGUUUGUACAUAUUGUUAUGUAUUUCUAUUAUAUGAUUGCUGCCAUGGGUCCAAAGUACCAGAAGUUUAUCUGGUGGAAGAAAUAUCUAACCACGUUCCAAAUGGUACAAUUUGUGGCCAUAUUUACGCAUCAGUUCCAGCUUUUGUUCCGCGACUGUGAUUAUCCCAAGGGCUUCAUGGUCUGGAUUGGAUUGCACGGCGUGAUGUUCCUAUUUCUAUUCUCUGACUUCUACAAGGCUAAAUACCUAAAUGCGCAGCGUCGCCGCCGCGAGGCAGUCAAGGCCAACGGGCACACCAAUGGCGUUUACACGAAUGGCAAAGUCAAGCAUUUAGGCAACGGAGAUGCCCCGCUACCUGCCAAUGGCACCAACAAGGGUGCCUGUAUGCCCGUUUUGGAUGACGAAUAUGUGAAUAGCAACGGGCAUGCGAAUGCCUUUAAGGAUGGUUAUUUCAAGGAGGGCGUACUGUCUACUAAUGAUGCCAUCUUGAAUCCGGACAGCAGUAGCUCUAGUCUGCACCAGCGCAAAGUCAAAUAA